UUUCAACUUGAAAAAACAAACUGUGCCACCUACGUAUUCUAGGGUAACAGGGUAUCAAUUUAGUUUUUAAUAUCUCAAUGGCAAAGAAAAUUAGUUCAUUCGGCUAACUCAGAUUCAGCAAAAUUCCUGCGUUGAAAAAGAGAAACGAAAUUUUCGUACCCAACCUCAGCCUCUCGGUUCAAAGAAGAGGAAAAGAAAAAGUAGCUGGCAAAAUACGACAAAUCGUGCUGAAAACAAGCUGUCAAAAUUAACAUCUUUCUGGAAUCAAUCAGCCAGUUGGCUGCCUUCGCAACCAACAGCGACAACAUGCAGCUACUUAUAUCAAGUGUCUGCAUGGCGUUGACCAGUGCCGUCAUUGGUAAUGCAUACUACCAAAAGAAGCAGUUCUAUCCGGCGGUUGUCUACAUCACCAAGUCCAAUGCUUCCAUGGCGGUGAUUUAUAUACAGUUCUUCGUCAUUGUCUUCAUGUUCGGGAAGCUGUUGCGCAAGAUAUUUCUAGGCACUCUACGCGCGGCUGAGUUCGAGCAUCUACUAGAACGUUUCUGGUAUGCGCUCACAGAAACGUGUCUGGCCUUUACAGUAUUCCGAGAUGAUUUCAAUCCACGUUUUGUGGCACUGUUCACCGUACUUCUAUUUCUUAAAUCAUUCCAUUGGUUGGCAGAGGAACGCGUUGAUUUUAUGGAGCGUUCCCCGGUGCUUGGGUGGCUUUUCCAUAUACGCGUCGCCAGCUUACUAAGCAUGCUUGGCAUACUUGAUUAUGUGCUUCUCAUGCAUGCCUACAAUUCAACACUGUUGCGCGGCCCGACGGUGCAGCUAGUUUUUGGGUUUGAGUAUGCCAUCUUGUUGACCGUUAUUGCCAGUACAGCGAUUAAGUACGUGCUACACGCAGCCGAGAUGCGCACGGACACGCCAUGGGAGAAUAAGGCUGUAUUUUUGCUGUAUACUGAGCUGGUAAUCGGUCUGAUCAAGGUAGUGCUCUAUCUACUGUUUGUCGUCAUUAUGGCGAAGAUCUACGCCCUACCCAUGUUCGUGUUCCGUCCCAUGUUCUUUACCAUACGCAACUUCCGCAAGGCGCUAAAUGAUGUUAUAAUGUCGCGUCGAGCUAUACGUAACAUGAAUACGCUCUAUCCGGAUGCCACACCCGAAGAAUUACGUCAAUCGGACAACAUAUGCAUAAUUUGCCGCGAGGACAUGGUUAAUCAUUCAAAAAAGCUUCCGUGCGGUCACAUUUUCCAUACUACUUGUCUACGCUCAUGGUUCCAACGGCAGCAGACUUGCCCCACAUGUCGCUUAAACAUCUUACGGGCGCCAGCUGUCAACUCGACGGCCUUGCCCCGUGCUCCAGGAGCAGCCGACGAACCUGCAGCUGCUGUCGGCGCUGCUCCAGCCGCUGGUCAACCAGGACCUGCCAAUGCAACAGGAGCGAAUGCAUCUCCGGCAAUCGCCGCGCCCGAUGUUGGACUCGGGCGUGCCAAUGGCACCCCUACAGGGGCAAAUGCACCACCACCCAGCUUUGCAGAACUUUUUGGCGAUGCAAAUGGUUUUCCCAACUUGGGUGGCAUACCGCCACCGCCGCUAAUGCCCAUGCUAGCGCCGUUUAUGGUUCCACCUCCGUUUGCUUACUUUACGCCAGUUCCGGUUCCCCCGCCGCCCAUGCCCUUAGAUCUGACAAAAUUUACGGAUGAGGAGCUGCGAGCUAUGGAGGGGAAUCAGCGCAAGCAUAUAGAAGAAAGGUUACAGUUGUUGCGCAAUAUAACUCUGAUGCUGGACUCGGCUGGUAUAUUGAUGAACCAGUACCAGGGGCUGGUGGCGCGCCUACCACCCACCACAGUAAGCACUUCGGCGACAGAAACAACGACCAGUGCAACAUCUUUAGCUGAUGUCGCAUCAACCACAACAUUAGCUUCAACAACAUCACCAGUAAGCUCAGCAGUUUAUGACAAACCUAGCACCUCGACUGCAGCAGCAGCGGCUGCGGCUGCCUUUGCAGCUAAAACACAAGAAGCACAUCAAAUUAAAUCGGUUGCACCAACAAUAGCAGCCACUGUGACAUCCACAAGUGUGACAGAUAAAAUUACUAUCGAAGAUCUGGGUGCAGAUGAAGAUGAUGUGCCCACAGUGGCUGCCACAGACACAAUUGCGGCGACCGCUGAUGCAGAGAACGAGGACAGCUCAGAAUUAAGUGAGCUGCGGAAGCGACGUUUGAAAUUUCUUGAAGAGCGCAAUAAGUCGCCUGAUAGCGCUGAAAGGGCAGCUUCGGAAUAACUACGUUCUGGGGUUUGAUGUUAAGCAGUAGAGCCUCUAUGCCCACCUAGGCCCUCCAAGACGUAUAUACACAUACACUAAUCGACUACUAGUUGUGUGGUCCAUGGAUGAAUAUUCUUUUUUACUCUACCCUUUGACCUUUUCCCUUCACAAAACUUUUGACUUUUGUUGUUUUUUCAUAUGUUGCGCUAAAAUAGGAAAUUACAAUAUCCAUAAGAAUGCUAUAAUUUUUAGGAAGCAAACAUAUAUGAAAUACGUGUAAAACGAAGGAUCUGAUCACGAACGAGGUGUGCAAAAUCAAUAUGUACGAAUAAAUGCAUAUUGUGUGUAUAAAACUAAUUAAGAGACGGGAAACUGAAGAUUUGUAUUUAAUAUUAUUAUAUGUGUAUAAUUAAUGUGAAAUAUAAUUAAAACGAAAAGAA